CUGUUUUUGGUUGAAGAAGGAACUCAAUCCCUUUGCCGUGCCCAUCUCACCUUCCCUGGAGGGCCCGAUGGAUCACACACUGUUCGGCUGCCUGCGGAGCCCCCACGCCCCGGCGCAGACCCUGCACCCCGCCUUCAGCCAGUCCCCCUUGACUCUCCAUGGACGCUCAGACCACAUCACCUACCCCGACCUGGCCUCUUCAUCCUCCUCCUCGUCUACAUCCUCACCUUCAGCGUGCAUCAUCUCAAGCUACUCGACUGAUGACGGCCUGUUUCCCGGGCAGCCCCCCCACCACCACCACCACCACCGGGCUCACCUGCCCUCCCAGCAGCAUCACCACCCACCUCAGCACCACACGUCUUGGCACAUCCCACAGAUGCCGUCGCCCGGCGGCAGCGCAUGCCACGGCCUCUGCCACCCGCACUCCCUCCCACCUCAUGACAACAGGCCCGCUCCUCCGGACCUGGGCCACCCCGGCGCUCCCAGCAUGUGCGCCAGCACCCCGACGCUGGGCAACGGCAGCCCCCCCACAGGGGCCUCCUGUGUGCCUUCAGACUUUGGCAGACAGACGUUGUCACCUGCUGAAGCUGAGAAGAGGAGCAGCAAAAGGAAAAGUGACAGUUCAGAGUCCCAGGACGGGAAUUACAAGCCAGACGUGAGCAGCAAGCCCAGGAAGGAGCGGACGGCCUUCACCAAGGAGCAGAUCCGAGAGCUGGAGGCCGAGUUCGCCCACCACAACUACCUGACCAGACUGAGGCGCUACGAGAUCGCCGUCAACCUGGACCUCACUGAAAGACAAGUGAAGGUGUGGUUCCAGAACAGGAGGAUGAAGUGGAAGCGAGUGAAGGGAGGCCAGCAGGGAGCAGCUGCUCGAGAGAAAGAACUGGGGAACGUGAAGAAGGGAACACUACUGCCCUCUGAGUUCUCCGGCAUCGCAGCCCUCCACCAUUCGACGGACUCCUUAGCCAAUGAGGACAGUCGUGACAGCGAUCAGAGCUCUGACCACACUCAUUUAUGAUGCCCCCCAUCCCUGACCCCCCACCCCCAGUGCAGGCUCUGCCUCUGGACCUUCCUACAAAGACUAUUGCCUGAUGAGUCACCAUCGUCACAACGUGAUAAACAAGUGAACACGUGCGUUAGACAAGGAGGGGUGUACAUUUUCAGAACUGAACCGUUUGUUCGUUUUAAAAAUGCAACAAAAAACCAGCAAGUUGUUUUCAAAGA